CCACCAUAAGCAGCACUACCUCUUCUCUUUCUUCACUGAUUCUCCCUCGACCCCAUUUUCGACUUUCUUUCUGCAAAUCCCAAAGCUAAGGAAUUACCUUUCUCUCUUUCGCUAACCGAAAGCUCAGUCUCAUCCUGCCAACAAAAGAAACCUACUCAAAAAGCUGUAGAGAUGCAGAGAUUGAAAUCAAUGCCUUGAUGAAUGCCAAUUUUCAUUGUUGAUAAAUGCAACGGUGUAGAUCUGUGGCCUCUUGGUUUUCCCGCUUAACUUAGUUGUAUGGGAGGCUGUUUUGGAUGUUGUACAAAACCACCAACUGUAAUAUCAGUGGAAGAUCGAUCCAAAGGCCUGAAAAUUCAAGGUCAGCAAGUGAGGAAAAAGAGUUUGAGAGAAGACUUUUGGAGCAGUAGUGCCUGUGAGAUGGAUAAUAGUGCAUUUCCAUCCCAUAGAAGUGCCUCAUCAAUUAGCACCUCAAACCAUGCCUUUGAUCCUAUCUGCAACACUGGCACCACAAACAACCAUUCAGAAUUUGUAAAUAAUGGUUUUAUUGUUUGGAAUCAAAUAAGGCAGCAGUGGAUUGGGAUUAGGGAAUCUCAGAAUUGUGUACCUGUUGAAAGGCCCAAAUUAAGUUUCGAGGCAACCUAUGAGAACUUGCUCGGAACAAACAAGCGAUUCCCUAGGCCAAUACCUCUAUCGGAAAUGGUAGAUUUUCUCGUUGAUGUGUGGGAACAGGAGGGGCUGUAUGAUUGAACUGCUAUAUUUACGUGCUAAAUACUUUCAAUGACAGAUUCAUGCUUGUAACUUUGUAAAAUUCUUAUUAGACCAAGAGAGCUUUAAUUCCGUUCUGUUUCGCAGAAUUUGAGUUUAUGGUGUUCCCAGGAACUGUAUGUAAUCAAGGACAGCAGGCUAGCUAUGAACUCUUUGUUUCCUUUAAUCUUUAUAUUUGCUGUGUGGACCUUCAAGGUGAAUAUGGGAAUUCAAGAAACCAACUUUUUUUUGCAGAA